UGCCGCCCGCCCCUCGCCGUGAGGAGGAGGUGGAGGAGGAGGCGGCUCGGGGAGAUCGAGCAGCGAGCUGGAGCGCGGAGCGUGAGUGAGGGAGCCGAGCCGCCUGCCCGCUCGCCGCCGCCGCCUCCCCUCCGUAAGCAGGAGCCCGGGCCGGGGCCCGGCACGCCGCCGCAGCUCCUCCCUCGUCGCCAGGCCGCGAGGGCAGCGCGCGCGAGCCAGGGGGAGGGAGAGCGAGCGAGCGCCGGGAGGAGGCGGCCGGACCGAGCGAGCGCCCGCGCGUGUGGCGUGAGGGGAAGCCGCUGCCCGCCCCCUUCGCCUUCCCUUCGCUCCCCCUCCCCGCUCCCCCCCCGACCGCGGAGCAGCACCAUGUCGGCGCCGGCGGCCAAAGUCAGUAAAAAGGAGCUCAACUCCAACCACGACGGGGCCGACGAGACCUCAGAAAAAGAACAGCAAGAAGCAAUUGAACAUAUUGAUGAAGUACAAAAUGAAAUAGACAGACUUAAUGAACAAGCCAGUGAGGAGAUUUUGAAAGUAGAACAGAAAUAUAACAAACUCCGCCAACCAUAUUUUCAGAAGAGGUCGGAAUUGAUCGCCAAAAUCCCAAAUUUUUGGGUAACAACAUUUGUUAACCAUCCACAAGUGUCUGCACUGCUUGGGGAGGAGGAUGAAGAGGCGCUGCAUUAUUUGACAAGAGUUGAAGUGACAGAAUUUGAAGAUAUUAAAUCAGGUUACAGAAUAGAUUUUUAUUUUGAUGAAAACCCUUACUUCGAAAAUAAAGUUCUCGCCAAAGAAUUUCAUCUGAAUGAGAGUGGUGAUCCAUCUUCAAAGUCCACUGAAAUCAAAUGGAAAUCCGGAAAGGAUUUGACGAAACGUUCAAGUCAAACACAGAAUAAAGCCAGCAGGAAGAGACAGCAUGAGGAACCAGAAAGCUUCUUCACCUGGUUUACUGAUCAUUCUGAUGCAGGUGCAGAUGAGUUAGGAGAGGUCAUCAAAGAUGAUAUUUGGCCAAAUCCAUUACAGUACUACUUGGUUCCGGACAUGGAUGAUGAGGAAGGGGAAGGAGAAGAAGAUGAUGAUGAUGAUGAAGAGGAAGAAGGACUGGAAGAUAUUGAUGAAGAAGGGGAUGAGGAUGAAGGUGAAGAAGAUGAAGAUGAUGAUGAGGGGGAGGAAGGAGAGGAAGAUGAAGGAGAAGAUGACUAAUGGAACACUGAUGGAUUCCAACCUUCCUUUUUUAAUUUUCUCCAGUCCCUGGGAGCAAGUUGCAGUCUUUUUUUUUUUUUUUUUUUUUUUGUCUUUUUUUUUGUCUUUUUUUUUUCCUCCUCUUGUGCUCAGUCGCCCUGUUUUUGAGGUCUCUUUUCUCUUUAUACCAUGGUUCACAACCUAUUUUGGGGGGAAAUACCUUGAGCAGAAUUGAGUGGGAAAAGAAUCUCUACCCCUUUCUGUUCCAAAUUCAUUUUUAUCCCUUCCUGUCUCAACAAAAACUUUAUGGAAUCAACACCACCAUGCUCUGUGGGAAAAAAGAAAAACCUUCUGCUCCCUUAGCUCUGCUGGAAGCUGGAGGGUGCUAGGCCCCUGUGUAGUAGUGCAUAGAAUUCUAGCUUUUUUCCUCCUUUCUCUGUAUAUUGGGCUCAGAGAUUACACUGUGUCUCUAUGUGAAUAUGGACAGUUAGCAUUUACCAACAUGUAUCUGUCUACUUUCUCUUGUUUAAAAAAAGAAAAAAAAACUUAAAAAAAUGGGGUUAUAGAAGGUCAGCAAAGGGUGGGUUUGAGAUGUUUGGGUGGGUUAAGUGGGCAUUUUGACAACAUGGCUUCUCCUUUGGCAUGUUUAAUUGUGAUGUUUAACGGACAUCCUUGCAGUUUAAGAUGACACUUUUAAAAUAAAAUUCUCUCCUAAUGAUGACUUGAGCCCUGCCACUCGAUGGGAGAAUCAGCAGAACCUGUAGGAUCUUAUUUGCAAUUGACAUUCUCUAUUGUAAUUUUGUUCCUGUUUAUUUUUAAAUUUUUCUUUUUGUUUCACUGGAAAGGAAAGAUGAUGCUCAGUUUUAAACGUUAAAAGUGUACAAGUUGCUUUGUUACAAUAAAACUAAAUGUGUACACAAAGGAUUUGAUGCUUUUCUCUUAGAACAGAUAUACUUAGUAUGACUUUCCAAGUUUGACUUGUAUAAGAUUGUUGUCAAACUUUGUCACCGUAACUUCGUAGUUUUUGAUACGCACUUUGCAGGGUGACCUCAGGGCUAUGUUGAUUGAGUAAAGGGAUUUGAAUCAAUGUAUUAAUGUCUCCAUAGCUGGGAACCCAUCAUGGGUACAAUUUGCCAUCAGUUUCUGAAUUUUUUCACAUCAUUGGGGAUACCAGAUUGCUGAAAACUCAGUUCUGAAUAUGUUGUACCCUUGAUUUGUAUCUCAAAUUGGCAUUUCCAAAUACGGGCUUUUAUUUACCUGGAUAUAAUAAUAGUGCCUGCCACCACCAUCAGACAGACCUGGUGCUCUACUGCCAAGUUAACACACAGGGCAAUUGUUGGCAUGUCUUCACUGGCACUGUAAGAUGUGGCCGAGAAGACAGGCUUUCAGAGUAAGAAGUCCGUAUUGGUGGUAAGAAACUCAGGUUAGGAGUACUUUUGUCUCAAAGUACCAGCUCUUUAGCAUAUAGCUCUCAAAUGAGACCUGUCUGUGAAUCUGGGGGAGAUGACGGACUGCUCUGUCUGCUAAAUGCCGUUGUGCAUAAAUCACAUUUUGAGAAACUACCUAAUGCACAAGCUUUUUAAUGCUGUAAAAUAUAGUAGCUAAAAUUAAAUGCCACUUAGCUUUUUCAAAGAUGAAUUAAUGGACAGCCUGGUCAGAUUCAAAGCUUUUUGAUGUAUAAAAACUUUAUAAAUGGAACUACUCCAUCCAUAGGCAAAGUGUAACAAAAACCUGUCUAGAUGGAUAGUAUGUAAUUUCUGCACAGGUCUCUGUAGCAAAUACAUCACUGUAUACCGGUCAGGAAUCUUGCUCCAAUAAAGGAACAUAAAGAUUUUUUUGACUGGGGUCAUUCUCCUUGUUUUAUAGGGAAAUGUUACUAUUUGCUUUUGGAUUUUAGAUGAUGAGCUAGUUUUUUUGCUUUGUGUUUUGGUCGGUAUUUGUGUUUGUAGUGACGGGGAAACGGGGAGAGCUGCCCUUCAGAUAGUUGAGUAAGUAUAGCAUUGCUACAUCUACAUGGAAGGGUAUAUUUGGAAGUCAUGGAGAAAUAAAAAAAUUACUUGGAAUGUAGUAGAUUCCUGAGGGGCUUUAGUAUUUUGAUUUUGAAGUCUCAACAUUUAAGGGACUUUUCCCUGGGGGAAGAAAAACAAUAUUCACUUGAAAUGAUACUCAGGAAGUAAGCCUGUGAUUUUUGCUUCACAGAGUGACAGCUUACCAAAACUGGCUUUCAUGUGCUGGCGAAGUUGUAGCACUGUUAGGUUAUUUAAUCAAACUACAGUGUUUAUUUUGGGGAAUAUGGCAAAAAAAAUAAAAAUAGGAGCCCCUAAUGUUAAUUUCCUCCCAAUCACUGAGACAACCCUUUAGCUUCCGAAAUCUCAGGAAGGUUGUGCUAGGCUGUGAGAAGGCAGAAGGGGCACCCUUAGUGUAUUGGAAAAUGGCUACAAAGUAGUGUGCACUGUUCCCAGCUGCAAGAGUUCUUGGGCUGGCCCUGAGGCAAGUAUGUUUUCGAAAGUGCCAGGUGAGUGGCUCAAAGCUUAAAGAGAAAAUAGUGGCUGUUAAGGCCGUUUCUCUGGGACAUCCUCUUCAGAAACUGCUUAUGAGGGGACCUCAGUAACUACGUGAAUUGGGACAUAGAGGACAGUAGGUUGUAAUGUGUCUACACUUACCUUAGUUUCAAAACUUUUAAGGAAUGUUCUGCAAUCAGGUUGUCUCUCCGAUGAUACACUGAUUUUCAAGAUUUUAGUCUGUGCUCUGACCUCCAUGACAGGCCCUUACUAUUUCAACCAACGCUGGCUCUAAAAUGUAGCGUUUAAAUGUCCAUGGAGUACCUGAAU